AUGAAAUUGAAAUUUAUUGAUGAACGUAUAAAGUAUCAGAAUCAAUAUAAAAAUCAAUUUAAUAUAGAUUAAUAAAAAUAUAACCCAUCUGGAUUAAUUAGAAUAUAUGAAAGAUUUAAAUAAAAUAUCUAUGAUAUUCUAAUAAUGGAAAAAGGAGAAAUAGAUUUAAAAAAAUUCAUGAAUAAUAAUAAUUAACAUUUCAAUAGAAAGUUGAGAUUUUAAUUUAGGUAUUAUUAAAUUAUAAAUAUAUAUUAGAUAUCUUAAUCUAUAUAAUUUUUACAUUAAUAAUAAUUUAUAAAUAGAGAUAUUAAACCUGAAAAUUUUAUUAAAAUAGGUAAUUAAUUUAAACUUAUUGAUUUUGGAUUAAUAAAAUAGACUUCAAUAGUUUUCAAAACAUUUAAAAUAAGAACACCUCUCCUUUAGGCAUCAAAUUAUAGAUGUUAAAAUUGAUUAUGAUUUUUCUGUUGAUAUUUGUGUAUUUUAUGAAAUUCUUUGA